AUGUCCUCAGCACAUCCUCAAAGAGCACUGAGCAACAGUUCGGUGAAAAGUAUACUAAAGCACAUGAAUGUUGGUACAAGACUCCGGAUGUCGCACUACAUCCCACCUCUCCGUGGAAUCGAAGCCGCUUCCAACCUGGCUGUCAUUGACCAUUUGACACUGGAGAGAGACCAACUCAUUAUCGAUAAAACAAUUUUUAAAAUUGAUUAUUAUGACGCCGAGUUCAGUGAAGACGAUGAAAAUGGAGAGGAGUCCUCUUACCUCCAGGUGACAAUGAAGUCUGGAAGGUUCUGUAACGUGGAACGCCUUCUGAAUGACAAUCGAUAUAUCCCCGAGGCAAUGCAAUACCUCACCAAGAAACUGUUCGGCGGGAGAGCGCCGAUUCGAGUACGGUACCUGGCAAUUGAUAAGCGAGGCCCUGAUUUUUUUCUACCCGAUGAUGUGAAAAUAGUUGUGCGAGAUAUAAAAGUUAGUCAUUAUGCAGCCACGGAUCUGGAAGCCUUCAGACCUAAUAUGCACUCGGCUAGCUUUCCACUGGAGACUGUAACGAUUAAAGGAGCAAGGGAGCUGCGAGAGGAUACAGAGUACUACCAUCCAUUUAUCCAGACCGCGAAACUAAUUCAAAUUCUGGAUAAAGCAGGUGCAUUCCCAUGGGAUAAGGUUAUUUUGGAGCUGACAAAUUCGCAAAUCCAUCUGGAAUGUUCUAAAUUUCAAGAGACAAUUAUUAUGGCAUUGAUUGAGAAAUGGGAGAAUAGAGGAGGGGAGAAUGGAGCAUGCUUUUCGAUGGGUGUUGGUUGCAAGACUGCGCUGGCGGCAUGUCUGGAUAAAGUGGCAAAACGGGAAGAUGCCGAGUUGAGCAAGAAUCAGAUUUUUGGAUGCGCCGACAUCCCUAACAUGAUAAUGAUCCCUAUGAAAACCCAAAAAUCAAAAAUCGGAAUCUACGUCUCGAAGAAUCUGUGGAAACACGCACGGGGAAAGUUCUUCUCACAGUAUGAUGUGAAUAUGGCUAUUUUUGAUUUUAGUGAAUAG